AUGGCUGCCAGUAAGAGUUACUUAGCCAGGCAGAACUACCGAUUCCUCGAUCAGAACCACCACCCCCACCACCUCCACAGCCACCACCACCACGACUUCGAACUCGACGAGUCCGACGUCUACGACCGCCACAGCCACCUCCCUGACUCGCCGGAGUUCCGGAAGAUGGCAAGGACGAGGAUCGCGUCCUUCUCCGUCCACGAAGGCGUGGGGAGGACUUUGAAAGGGAGGGAUCUGAGUAGGGUCCGAAAUGCAAUUUGGGAGAAAACUGGGUUCCAAGACUGA